GAGUUGUAAGAUGAUAUUUACUCCUGAAAAACAACUUUCAUUUCGAAACUUUUGAUCACAUACGCUUUGAUAUUGAACUUUCGUGUUAUCAUAGGCCAAGUACAUGCAAUGUAUCCACUGCAAAACUCUCCCGUUACAGGACUAACUUGAGAACAAACUUGAGAACAGAACUGCAAUUUCUUAACUCUACAGAGAUGCUUUUUUGGAACCAAUUUUGUCGUCUUACAUACUACUAGACACUUUCAAUACAGCUAAAAUACUGGCUUAGAAACUUUACCAGGAAUAGAGGAAUACUUUUCAAUUUGGUCAAGCAAAUAUACUUCUAAACUCGAAGGUUUUAAGACGUCUCAGUAUUUCUGUAGUACAUCUUCAUUCUCAUCCCUGUCGUGAUUUUCACAGGUAAAAGCCGAGUAUAUGAAUUUUCGCGGUGGAUAUGAGACUGAAAAAGCGCUUAACUCCGCUCAAUGGGUUCAAAUGACACAAGUAGAAUAGCCAUCACUGCUGUUUUGCAUACAGUAUGUAUUGACACUCAAUACAGUAUUUCAUGAUGACGCCCCAAUGACGACACAGAUUUAUCGGAUUCUGAGUGGCUGAAAACCUGUGUACAAAUGUACACUAUCCUGCCCGAAUGGUUCAGGAAAAAAAAUUCGCAUCCGUGGCAGGUAGCCUUCUAAUGCAUAAUGCUAAAUAUGCAUAAAGCUGAUGCACUAUGAGAACCUCACACCUGUGGUCAUGGUGUUGAUCAAGGACUGAAUGCCAGGCUAACUGUAGUCGAGCCUUCUUUUAUAGUCGAAAGGAGUCUUUGGUUUUCAGGAACUCUGAUGAACUUCUUUUCCCCCAGAACUAUUCAACCAAAUUAAACAACAACAACUAUCAAAGUCUCCCGCCUCUCACUGAUAAUCUCACCAGCCUGAAGAGUCAUAAUCAUAAUUUACACACAAUGGCGAACUGUCAAACAACCACUCGAAAUAUAAGACGAGAUAUUCAAUAGCUGAGGACAAUGAUAAUCGGCAUGUUGACCCUAAUUCGGUUUUGAGAAUUCCCAAUGUGAUAUACGAUCUUGCAUUUACCUGUCAUGCAUGGGCAUGUAUACCCGGACAAGGAAACAUCAUGAUUUUGGUCGCCUUUGGCGAGGGUGCCUUGGAAUUCGAAAGUAGGCGCUGGUAAACCUUGCUGUUAUUUCCUACAGUGAACUAUGCUGUCUGGAUGUGACGUUUGUAUUCAAAGUCCCGAGUUCUAACCACUUGCCUGUUCUGAAGAUCCUCGGGAUUACGUUUCUUUAGAGGCCAACUCCUAUGCUGUGUGUUACUUCCGAAAACUAAGAUGUUUUGAAUGUGUCUUGUCUUCAAAUUACCAAGGACUAGUAACUUUCCUGGCUUGGAGAUCCUUUUUAUGGCCCUAUUGCCCCUAGGACAGCUCUGCGUUAUGUGUGGUUGAUCUUUACAUACUAUAGUCAUCAGUAUUUCAUAGCAGAGAUAUAUAGUAGAAGAGAAAAUUAAGGUUCACUGAGUGACAAUGGAAAAUAAAGAGCUACACUGGGCAGAUAUUGUGACAAUCGUCCUCUACUUCGUGGUUUGCAUCGGGAUAGGAAUAUGGUCGGCAAGGAAGACGAAUCUUAGCAGCGCCAAGGGAUAUUUCCUGGCAGGGAAGGGCAUGGGAUGGCUGCCGGUUGGUGCUUCGAUAUUCUCUACAAAUGUUGGUAGUCAGUUUUUCAUCGGAAUGGCGGGAACAGCUGCGGUCUCCGGAAUCGCCGUCAUCAUCUUUGAAUGGCACGCGGUGUAUUCUAUUUUGUUGCUGGCAUGGCUCUACCUCCCUGUAUACGUCACUUCAGGGACGUAUACAACCCCGGGUUUUCUGAAGAAGCGUUUCGGAGGCCGGCGACUCCGUCUCUAUUUGUCAAUUCUCUCAAUGGCUUUAUACAUCAUGCAGCGAGUUUCGGUUGCUAUGUACUCAGGAGGGGUGUUCAUUCAACAAGCCGUCGGUUGGGACAUAUACUUUUCUUCCUUUCUGGUCAUCGUCAUAACUGCCGCUUACACCAUUACAGGUGGGCUUGCUGCUGUCAUUUACGCGGACACCAUGCAGACUAUCGUCAUGAUAGCUGGAAGUGCCGUCCUUACAGUCAUGGGCUUCAUCGAAGUUGGUGGCGCAAAUGGCCUGUACACCAGGUACAACGCCGCAGUCCCUAACGUCUCCGUCGUAAAUAACGUUACCUGCGGUCUCCCCCGAGAGGACGCAUGGCACAUCCUCCGUCACCCCGUAGACUCAGACUUCCCCUGGCCUGCUGUUACAUUUGGCUUGACCGUCCCCGCUGUGUUUGUGUGGUGCAACGACCAGGUGAUGGUCCAAAGAGUUCUCGCCGCCAAGAAUCUUGCGCAUGCGCAGGGUGGUGCUAUUCUUGGGUCGUACUUGAAACUUUUGCCAAUGUUGAUGAUAGUUCUUCCUGGGAUGAUCAGCAGGGCAUUGUAUCCAAAUGAGGUUGCGUGCGUUGAUCCGGAUAUUUGCGAGGCAGUAUGCCAGAACCGUGCUGGGUGUUCGAACAUUGCCUACCCGAUCCUGGUUCUCAAAAUUCUACCCUCAGGUUUGAGAGGCCUGAUGCUAGCUAGUAUGCUAGCCGCCUUGAUGAGUACGCUAACGUCCAUAUUCAACAGUUCCAGUAGCAUGUUCACUCUGGAUAUCUGGCGGCAAAUCAGGAAGAAAGCAUCGAAUAUGGAACUUAUGAUUGUUGGAAGGUUAUUCAUCAUCGUGCUCGUAGUCCUGAGCUAUGUGUGGAUACCCAUCCUGCAGACGUCCAGCGGGGCCCAGCUCUGGGUCUACCUUCAAGCUGUCGCCGCCAACCUCCUCCCACCUUGGUUCGUGGUCUUUGCUUGCGGGGUAUUUUGGAAGAGGACUAACGAAAAGGGUGCAUUUUGGUCUCUGAUGGUCGGUCUAGUCGCAGGUGUCAUCAGGAUGGUCCUAGAUUUCGUCUACCCUGAGCCAUCUUGUGGCUUCCCCGACACCAGGCCCUACGUCCUUGCGAAGGUCCACUAUCUCUACUUCGCUCUCAUUCUAACUGGGAUAUGCCUUAUGGUUAUCAUACCUGUUAGUCUGCUCACUGCACCAUUGCCAGAGAAAAAGCUUCGGAGAGUCACCUUCUGGACCCGAAACAGUGAGCCUCGGGAAGACUCGGACGACGAAGACGACGUCAUUGAAAAUUCGAAAGAGCCAGCCGUUGAUACACCUGGCGAAGUUUCGGCAAAACAGCUUUCGUAUCGCUACGAAAACAAGGGUUUCCGUCAUAACGCUGUAGAGGAUUUUACGCAUCAAGACAAUGAGAACGGACAUGCGAAACAGAAGAACGAGAGCCCUGCCGAUUCUAAUGAAAUGGUUGAGAUGAUUUUAGAAAACGUCGAGGCACCAGCUGUGAAAAAAGAAGAAGCCAGAUGGAAACACUACCUAAAAGUUGCGUGUGGUAUGACGCAUUCCUCGGAAGAACCCCCGAAGGCCACCGAAGAUGAUCUCCGAGACUACAUGAACAUGGACCGGAAAGCGAAAAUCAUCUUGACAGCGAAUGUCAUCGUUCUCAUCUGUGUCGCAACAUUCCUUAUUGGCUACUUUGGCUGAAUAUGGCGAUCAGGUUAUUUCGCAUGGUGAUGAUGAGGACGGACAUUCUCCGAAGAAUGACCCUGUGGCCAGUCUUUAUAUCAAAAUGUCCUCAUUUAUCUGCUAUCAAAUCGAGCGUACAGUUUGGCAAUGAGAAUUGCAGUAGGGAUGCAUUGAGAUGACGAUGAGAUUAUAUUCCAUAGAGCAGUAUUAUAAGCCAUUAUCAGUAACCUUAUAUUUGGGUAACAUUUUUCAUUGACUUCUACUAUCAACUUAUGGAUCAACUGUAUAGUAUAUUGCCUAAUUUAUGCUUUCGUAUUAUAGAAUAAAUCGUCUUCUGUAAAACCCUGUUAAUCGACAAUUGGGAUCAUGCUGACCGAAUAAUGACCCAGCAGUAUUUUACUUAAAAGACCCCGUUUACCAUCCUAU